UUUUGCAUUUCUACAGGUGUUAUUGACGUGUUGGUUAAUAAUGGAAGGCAUAUAGAUGCUGUUAAUCUAGCUUUUGCCUUUGAGCUGACUGACAAGUUUUCACCUGUUUCACUACUAAAAUCCUACUUGAAUGAAGCAAGCAAAGUAUGUUCACCUGUUAAAUCUGGAAAUGCAUCACCUAAUGCACAGAAUGAUGUCACCGAGAAGCAGCUCACUGCGCUGAAGGCUGUGAUUAAGUGCAUUGAAGACCAUAAACUUGAGGGGCAAUACCCUGUGGAUCCUCUCCAGAAAAAGGUUCUCCAGCUGGAGAAAGAAAAGGCAGACAAGAAAAGAGCGACUGAAGUUGCCAAACCUCAACCCAAGAGACCUCGUGCCAAUUGCGUAGGCAAUGGAUCUCGAGUCACUAACUUCACUAAUGUUGCCGCUGACAAAAACUUCUAUGCUAGUAGAAUGACUGAUAGGUAUCCGCAGUACAUAUAUGACCGACCGUAUGCUUACCCCGGACCCACUGACACCCACGUCCCGACGUUUCUUGGUACUGCCUACAACCUUCCUCCUCCUGGUCAUGGCAACUUCUUUGGAAAUGGUUACCACUAUCAGGCUACUUACCUGCACUAAUCGCUUGACUUUGCUAAAGAUCCUUUUAGCAGUUAGUGUUAACCCUUAUGCUUUAACUACUAGUACUGAUAGUAGCCUUGUUAACUUUUAUUCUGAUGUAAAAGCUGAUACUUUGCACUUUUAGUAUAAUGUACCAGUUGUUUAUGUUAAUGCUUCUCCAUUUCUUGA